AAGCAGAGGGGCCGUCAGGUUGCAGAGGAGGCCAUGGGCGAGCGGCCCUGCUGGCUGCCACUGCUGCUGCUGCUGGCGCUGCUGAGGUGCAUGGGACUCGAGGCGCAGGAAUCGCAGGAAGAGAACCCGGAGUCAGGUCCCAUGAACACGCUGCUGCUGUCAAGGCCCUGCGGCCGCCGGGCGGUGCGCCCUCUGAUCGUGGGCGGAGUGGAGGCCUCGCGCGGGCGCUGGCCGUGGCAGGCCCUGGUGCGCGUGCCCAGCGGCGAGAAGUGCGGCGGCAGCCUGCUCAGCCGCCGCUGGGUGCUGUCGGCCGCGCACUGCUUCCGCAGGACCCCUCGUGCUUCCAAGUGGGUAGUCCAGCUUGGUGAGCUGACUCUGCACUCAUCUUUCUGGAACCUGCGGGCUUACCGCAACCGGUACAGAGUGAAGGACAUCAUUGUGAACCCCCGGGCUGAAGGGAAGCUCCACGACAUCGCCCUGCUGAGGCUGGCCUCCUCAGUCACCUACAGCAAGUACGUCCAGCCCAUCUGUGUCCUGUCUUCCACCCUCAUGUUCCUGCACCGGUCUGACUGCUGGGUGACUGGCUGGGGAGCAAUCCAUGAGAAUAUGGGAGCUGUCGGGUCGCUGGCGUCUGCAGCCUGUGGACAGCCCCGCAUGUCCAGCCGGAUCGUGGGGGGCCGGGAUGCCCGCGAGGGAGAGUGGCCCUGGCAGGCGAGCAUCCAGCACCGGGGGGCGCACGUGUGCGGGGGGUCGCUCAUCGCAUCCCAGUGGGUGCUGACCGCAGCACACUGCAUCGCCAGACAGGCGCUGCCAUCUGAGUACCGUGUGCGCCUGGGGAUGCUGCGCCUGGGCCCCGCGUCACCCCCCGCGCUCUUGGUGCCAGUGUGGAGGGUGCUGCUGCCUCCGGACCACUCUAAGGAUGCCACCCGCGGUGACCUGGCGCUACUGCAGCUGCGCCACCCAGUUACCCUGAGUGCCCACAUCCAGCCCAUCUGCCUGCCCAUGCCUGGUACCAGCCCACCACCCAGCUCACCCUGCUGGGUCACUGGCUGGGGCACCCUCCGCCCAGGAGUGCCACUCCCAGAGUGGCGGCCCCUGCAAGGAGUGAGGGUGCCGCUGCUGAGCUCACGCGCCUGCGACCGCCUCUACCACGUGGGCACCAGUGUUCCUGAGGCAGAGCGCAUAGUGCUGCCAGGGAACCUCUGUGCUGGCUACCUUGGGGGCCACAAGGAUGCCUGCCAGGGAGACUCCGGGGGGCCCCUGAGCUGCCUGCAGUCCGGGCACUGGGUCCUGGUGGGUGUGGUAAGCUGGGGCAAGGGCUGUGCCCUGCCCAAUCGUCCCGGUGUCUACACCAAUGUGGCCAAGUACAGCCCCUGGAUUCAGGCUCACCUCAGCCUGUAAUGCUGGGUGGUUCUGGUGCUGCUGCCCUAGAGCCUCAGCCUUAGCCCAUCUGGGGACCUGCACACUUCCUUCCCCUCUGACUGGAGGCCAAGAUGUUAAGGGGCCAUCCGUGCACCUGCCUCUCCAUUCCCCUGCCUCUUCUCCAUGGGACUCACUGAAUAUGACUCCACAAGCCAUUAUCCAGGGACCUUCUGUGAGUCCAGGGGCUCACUCUCCUCCCUUCCCUCCUGGCUUCCAUUUACCCUCCUCAGCUGUGGCCAGAGAUGAGGACAGGACAGCCAGAUAGAGACAAACCAGCUGGCUCACUGUGUGGCCUGUGUCCCCCUUGUUUUCUGGAGGAAGUCAGACAAAUUCAAAGCAUGAGGGGAGUCAACACUGAGGCGGCG